AUGGUACCGGAAUCUGUAAGUACUAGUGAAUCUAACAGUAAACGUAGACUAAAAAAUAAAAUACCAAAACGAUUACGUCAUAAAAAUAAACCAAAUGAUAUUCCUACUGAAGAGAAUGUUAACAAUGAAAUUCCAAAGACAGAUCAAACAUCAGUGAUAAAACCAAAUACUAUUCAAGAAAGUGCUCCUUUCAUAUUGGACACUUUACCUUCAACAGCAUCAGAUUAUACCUCUCCGGCUGUACCCAUGAAUGAGACAUCAAUAGAUUAUUGGAAAUUUUGUACGAAGAAAGCAUUGGAUAUUCUUGAAAAACAAGCAUCGAAUCGACGAAAAUUUAUCAUUGAAAGGCAUCAAGAACGCAUCAAUAGUACGCAAUGUUUACUUGGUCAACGUGAACGAAUCGACAUACUGACUGAAGAAAAUCAUUCGAUGUGUCAAGUAGUCGAUUCUUUGCGAAACGAACUACGUACAAAAGAUGAAACUUUAAAAAUGUUGCAAGAAAAACUUCACGAUCGUGAUGGUCUCAUCCUUGACAAUGAAUGUUUAAGUUUACAAUUACAAUCAAUCGAUCAUAAACUUCAACGCGUUACUAUGGAAUAUAGUAAAAAGAUGGAAGAAAAUCGUCAGCAUCAAGAUGAAUAUGAUGAACAAAUACAAUCGUUAAUGGAUGAAAUUGAACGCAUAAAACGUGAUCUUGUCUUAGAAGAAUAUCGAAAACAAGAAGCUGAAAGAAAAGUUCGUUCCUAUGAAGAAAAAAUCAAAGUAGAACAAAAUCUAAAUAAAAAAACACAACAAGAUAUCAUUCAAUUAAAGCAAGAUUUAAAAUCAAUUCAUAUGAGAUACGACUCAUUGCAAAUUGAAAUGCUUGCUAUGCAUGAAGCAAACAUUAGUGAACUAUCGUUAAUACCACCAAAAGAUACUAAUGACAAUGAAUGGCCAAAGAAACGUACAAUACCUCAUGAAGCUAACCAAUAUUUGGAAACGAAACGAUCAAAACGAAAAACGCGAGAUCGUACCGAAUCAGCAGCCAGUACAAGAAGUGCAUGCAGUGAUAAACAAAAUAAAGCAAUGGCAAAAUCAUCAAAAAAUAAAGAAAAUGAAAUCAAUGAUCCGUCGUUAAUCUCGAAAAGAAAAACGUUGAAAUCGAAAAAAUCAAGUAAAAAUCAUUUGCCAAUGGUCACUCUUACACAAGCUAGUCCAUCGAACGGUCAAGGAAUAUUAAUGGAAAACGAUUCAACACAAUUAUUAAUUCCAUCAUUAGCUGGUGUAACAUCGGAGAGUAAUACAUCAACAGGUUCUCAUGGUACGAGCUGUGAAUCACAACCAUUAAAUUCGCGAUCAAAAAAGCCAAGUCGUUAUCCGUGUCGACGUGCUCAACGUCCAGUUAAACAAAUUGAGGCUAUUGAUCAAAUUAAUCAGUGA